UUAAGGUCUGAGUAAACGUUUGUUACGUUUAGCCAAAAAUCCCAUUUACGUGUCGUACACAUUGGGCACUUUAUUCCGUGUAUUUGGAGUUAUGGGAUAUUACACAUUCAAACCCAAGUACCUUGAGUCUAUGUAUAAAAAGUCUGCAUCAACCGCUAACCUAUUGUCCGGUAUUGUGGGCACUAUACCGGCCGCAAUAGGUUUAUUACUAGGGGGAGCAUAUCUAACAUUUCUACAGCCGGGUCCCCGACAGUUGACAUCAUUUAUAACCAUCAUUGAAAUCCUGGGUACAAUGGGCUACGUGUCCGCCUUUUUUCUAGGCUGUCCGCCCACACCAUUCGCCGCACUUCCUAAGGAUAACGCCAAUGAUAUUAAUUUAGGCUCACAAUUGAUGUGCAAUGUAAAUUGUUCCUGCUCACAUAAGUUCCAACCAAUUUGCGGGCCCGACAACUAUACGACAUACUUCUCUCCCUGUUAUGCCGGUUGUGAUCCGCGAUCUCUUGCAUCCAUUAAUGGCACAAAUCAUUUCUCGGGGUGUGAUUGUAUUGAUGACAUUGGGAUGUCAGGGAUGGUUAAUCACACGGGGAUAACAGGAAUGGCAACCGAAGGCUUUUGUGACUCUCAUUGUGGCAAUAAUUUUGAAAUACUAAUAAUCCUGAUGGCUAUAGCGGGCAUAGUGGGUCGUCCCGCUAUGGCCGGUAAUGUGAUCAUAUCAUUCAGAAUAGUGGACGAGGAAGAUAAAAGUCUGGCCAUGGGUGUAGCAGGGGCAUUCUAUUCAUUAUUUGCAUUCAUACCCUACCCGUUGGUGUACGGGUGGGUAACUAACACGGCGUGCGAGGUAUGGGAGUCUAAGUGCGGCAAAACGGGUAAUUGUCUGGUGUAUGACGUGGAUAAGUUUCGCUAUAGACUGAUCGGGUUAACUCUUGGCUUGUAUUUCGUUGGUUCAAUAUUCGACAUAAUAGUGGUAUUCCUAUCGCACAGAAUCAAAAACCUAUACAACGAUGACGAGGAUGAGACAGACCAUCAUAUUAACAAACCAUCAAAUGAUCACAAAAAAUAAUUUUUUGUUUAUAAAUUAAAAUAGGUUUAGGUAAUUGGGAU